AACGCAUUCAUUCUUUGUGGUGAAGAGAACUAAUACAUGGCGGCCUAUAAAAAAAUUGGUGACACCGGAAUCCAAUACGCUAAAGAAGAUGUACUCGGCAGAGGCACAUUUGGUAUUGUCUAUCUUGGUAUUUUCAACGAAGAAAAAAUUGCAGUCAAGAAAAUCUUAUUAAACCUAUCGGAAAAAGAAGGGCGCGAGGUCGACUUACAAAAAAACCUUAGUCACGAAAAUGUUCUGAAAAUUUGCAGAGUCGUAGAAGACGAUGACUUCAGAUACAUCGUACUGGAACUGUGUGCAGGAACACUAAGUGAGGUGAUUGAAAAUUCGUACAAAGGACCCGCCCUGCCAUCUGAUAAAAUGGUUUUAUACCAAAUUGCCGAUGGCCUUGACUACAUCCACUCGAAUAAACUGAUCCAUCGCGACAUCAAACCUGAAAAUAUUUUGAUUUCCAUGGCAGGCAAAAUGAAAUUGUCAGAUUUCGGAUUGAGUAAACAGAUCAGCACUCGAGGAACGUGUUCCAUUAGUGGAAUAAAAGGAACCCUUUUAUGGAUGGCACCGGAAUUCUUUGAAAAUAUCGAGAAAGCAACUCCGAAAUGUGAUAUUUUUCCGUGCGGUUGCGUCUUUUUUGUUUUCCUCACUCGCGAAAAUGGUGGGAUCCAUCCCUUUGGCGAUACUAACGAUCCUUUGCAGAUACAGUUCAACAUUCGAGAGGGUAAACCAGUAAACAUCGAGAAGUUAAAUUCUGAUCACUUUGCGCUUUUGUUUGUUCGCAAAAUGAUUGAACGAGAUCCGUCAAAAAGAAUAUCUCUGCAGAUGGUUAAAAACGAGCUAAAGAGUAUUAUUUUCGAUUUCCCCCAAUUAACUAAUAAUUAUACAAGAGAAAACAAUGCUACCAAGGCAACAGUUUACGAUCCAAUUUUCGCAAGUGGUUCAUUCAAAAAAAUCCGAAAAGGGAAGUAUACUCAAGGAGAAAGAGCCGGUGAAGCUUGCGUUAGCAAAACCUUUAUAUCUGGCAGCGUUUUUGAAGAUUCCUACUUUCAAGCAGAACUCAAAGUGGUGGAAAAAGCACUUGAAAUCAUCAACAACUUUAACAAGCAAAGAGUUAUUAACCAGACUAUCUGGCUCAACAAACCAGAGAUCUGGACCGGUGCACCAGGUUCAAAAGGAGAAGGUAAAAAAAUGUUAACUGAGCCCAUGAUUUCAAAUUUCGAAAAGUUCAACUCAAAUACGGGAUGGACUCCUGAAGAAUCGUCUCCUUGGAGUGAUAAGAUGCAAGCUCUAAGUCACUACUCAUAUCACACAACUAAUCGGCAUUUGCUCCUUUGCGAUCUCCAAGGUGGAGUGAUUGAAAAUGGCGCUGUCAUUACAGAUCCCAUUAUCAUGUCAAGUACCAGGGAAUAUGGACCGACAGACCUCGGCGACGAAGGGAUUUCUAACUUCUUUGCUUACCACACAUGCAAUAUAUUUUGCGAUUCGAAAUGGAUAAUUCCACACAAUAACAAAACAUAUUUCGAGAAGUGGAAAGGUUCUUCAAUGGUUCUCUCUACAAAACUGACGGAACUUAAACUUGUCAAUCAAAUUCCAGAACAAAUUUAUGGAGUUAUUGAAACACAAAACGGGAACAAGUCAAGAAAAAGUUAAAACUACAUUACUCUGUGCUAUCCUGCCGUGCUAUCCUGCCUUGCAUCUGGGCUGCAGUUAUUGAAACGUACCAAUGUAAAUAAAAAUAAAAGAGGAUGCAAUUCAGUUCUUAAUAAUUGCGAAAAUUAACAGUUUUCAUAACAUAACACCGAACAAUCAGGAAGUUUGGUUUCAAGGUCGAGCUUAAGAAAUACGACUCUUUUUUGCAGCACACACGUCUCCAAAAAAAGGCAGUGAUACUGUGAACGGGUAGAAGAAAUUCCUCGAAAAGUGGUUAAUCAAGAAAAACUGAAAUAAACUCCGUCAAUAAUAUUCCUAUUAACGUUUAGCGGCCCACUAUGCAAAAGAAAAAGGAAAAGAGAUUCCAAACAGGAGAUUGGAAAAGCUUUUCCUAUUUUAACAUGCUUGUCAUUAAGAUACGCAAUGGCCAAUACAAAACAAUAUUCGGUAAA